CUAAGAGACUGCAAUUUCAAUCACUUUACAGCUUUCAGCGCUCGGCGCGUUCCCGUCGAUUUGUCCCGUCUGGAGGGUGGGACACUAUGGCGGACCGGGAUGAGGAGAGGACUGAGGAGGACACCGAAAAGGAGGAGACCGACCACACGGAGCCCAUGUCGAGCGUGAACCGGGAGGAGGAGGAGCCCACCUUUAAGUCUGACUCAGAAUCCUCGGCGGAUGGUGAGGUCUAUGAGAGCGGCGAUCUAAACGAUGCAUCUGUGACGAAGUACCAGGCGAUCCACCCGGACAGCAUGGAGGACCUCUUCCUGCCAGAGGCGUUGGCGCAGGAACUGAAGCAGUGCUUUCAGCUUUUCGUGCAGAACUCCAGAGAAGCCGCCGCGGAGGCGCUCUACGACGCCUUGACCGAAAGCCUUCCCACGAGCAGCUUCAGCACUCCUAGGCCGAUUCUGUCCAUUCGCCUCAUCACGGGCAUCAGCAACCUCAUCCUGAACUGCGGGGACCCCAUCUCCCUGCGCCGCGCCGCUGAGGUCAUGGCCUUUCAGCACCUGGACCGAGAGGUGAACGUCUCUCGGCUGGAGGUCGCGCGCGACGCGAUGUUGGCUGCGAUCGAGAUCGAGGUGGGGGUGAACUACACCGCUCGCAUGCACGCGGGCCUUCAGGCGCUCCUGAGCUACGCCGCAGGGGCGUUCCUCUUUGUCCGCAAGGAGUAUGCCAUCCGCAUCAAGACGGUACUCCGGAGCUGGAGCAUCGCAAACUCCACGAACGAGGAGCAGAGCCAAAAGGAGCAGGAGGAGGAGGAGCAGCAGCAGCAGGAGGAAUUAGAGGCGGUUGGGGUUGAGGUUCCACCAUCGCCUAACAAGAUCCAGUCCGGCGACGACAGUCCGCAGUUGGACACUUGCGAGGAUAUGGACUUUUACAAGGACAACGAGUCCAUGAAAGUGCCCUCCACCUUUACUGAAAUGUUUCUCUUCAACGCUGCUGUCAUGGGCUACGGGAGCGCCGUUUGGAUGAAUGUCAUUCUUCGCCAUUUCGAGGACAUUGCAACCAACGUGGCGAAUACCCUUCGCUUGCAGGAGGAGUGUGACGUACUCUCCCUAGUCCUCGCCCAGUACAAGGGCACGAUCGUCCUGUCGGAGUUUAAGCUGGUGAUGAUGGCUGCCUUGCGGUCGCUGGUGCCCAAAGAAUGGGAUCUGCAGCAUGAGACUGCUUGGUCCUGGCUGUGGGACAGAGUCGAGGGCAUGCUCAAGGAGAACAUGGGCAAGCCCCAGGUCUACCGGAAGGAGCUACAGCGGCUGUUCCUGGAGAGCAUGGAUCAGGACACGAUGUCGAAGUUCCAGCGCGGCAUCUACUCCCGCUUCUUCUCCAUGGCGCCCAAGGGCCAGGAUUUCUUCAAGCAGUCCUCCACAAGGCUCAACUUUAUCAUCGACCGCAAUGUGGAGAUGGUGAUGGAAAUCUUCGCGAAGCCCAGGGACGUGGUGGAGCAGCUCUCGGCGCUGGGCCUGCGCCACGUGGGCUACCGCAUCCCCACGGACCUGGUGCCGCCCUUUGUGGUGGCCGCCACCGAGGAGCUCGCACACUGGACCACUCAGAGCAAGGCGGUGGAGGCGUUCUCCUGGUCCUUGAGCUUGAUCUCGAAGAUUCUGAUGCGCGUCAUUCAGCAAGGCUCCACCAUUGCCAUGCUGGCCAUCGUCACCAACGAGAAGCCGGCCCUCAAGAAGGCCAUCGCCCUGUCCCCGCGCAAGCAUCGGGCCCGGGACUUGCUGGACGUGACGGUGGGCACUCAGUCCAUCUCUCCCUUGAUGUGGUCCAUCGAGAGCGGGUCCCUCUGCAGCGCGGAGGCCAUUAUCGAGGACUUGCUGGUGAUCCGCGCGGAUCGGGAUGUCUACUACUACGGGGCCCCGGCGCUGUUCCGAAGGCAUCCGGAUGUGAUCCACCGGAUGUGCCACAGUGCGCCCAGCCUGCUCACCCCGCUGCUGGAAGGUUUGAUUUGGCGCUCCCGGCAAACCAACGAUGGCUUCAGGCGUGUGAACUACUACAUCCAGUACUUGAUUCAGGAUCUGGAGGGCAACUUCAACGACACCUUCUUGUGGCUGGUGGAGUUCGCUGACCCCAAGGUGGUGUCUCACCCUGCCGUGGUCCUCGCCUCCGACCUGACCUGGCGGGGCCUGGCCAGGAAACAAUUCACCUUGGGCCAGACGUACUUCCUCGCUACCAUGGUCGCCUUCAUCGUGAGCCAAUGCCUGACAGUAGAGCACGAUUACCAUACUUCUCUGGAGGAGAACGUGGUGAAGUUCGUGUGCCGGGUUUUUAUCUAUGUAUGCAGUUUGCCGUCCCUGCUCUUCGAGCUCGCCAGGCUGAUCGCUCUAGACUUCAUGCGCGGGAGAAUCCGGCGCUUCUGGUUUCUGCCAAUUCCACAGCGGCUUUGCAGCUUCUCAAAGGUGGGCAAGAUGUGCCUUGCUUUUGUGCUGAGCAUUAUGGUCGCCUUUGAGCCCAUUCUGCACUGCGCGGUUGCGCAGGACCAGCCCCUGACAGAGGGUGAGAGCGCACCGCUCCUCUUCACCUCAAGCUGCCCAAGCGCGGAGGUCAACAAGGACCUUUAUGGAACGCUGAGCAGCCUCGGAUUGCUGCUCUAUUGGUUUCUCUGCGCUGAGUUAUCCGUCUACUCCAUGCAAGUGUCUGCCUUCUCGCUGGUUGUCGUCAGAGUGUGCGGAGAGGUGCUGCUCUUUCUCGGCGCGUUGGCAUUCUGCAUCAUCUCGUUUGCAUCAGCGAUGAGCUGUCUCAACCACCACAUCUUGGAGUUCAAUGGGCUGCUGCCUACGGCGAAAGCACUGAUGCAGAUCUCCCUGGGCAUCUUCCCCAACAGCUCCAUGGCGAAGACGGAGAACGACGUGCCGGUGUUUGUCCUGGUGUGCAUCUUUGUGGCCUUGGUCUUUAUCAUCUUGGCCAACAUUCUCAUCGCGCAGCUGUAUCAGUGCUAUCAUGACCAGUUCGCUGCGAUGGCCGGCUACGCGCACCUGAACCGGCUCAGUGUGAUCGUCACCACCUGCAAGAGCGUGUCGAGGUCUUCCUGGAAGAAGUUUCUCAGCAGCUUGCACUUCGAGGAGAAGUUGGACUUCAACCAGGGGGACGUGGGCAUCUCCGGGGGCGUGCAGAUCCUGGAGCCUUCGCAUUUGCACCCCACCAACGUGGACACCAUCCGCCGCUUCGGGGGGUCUUCGGCUCCCUGGAGCCCCUGGCCCGAGGAAGACACCGAGUCCACCUUUGACAAGUUCGACCGCCUGGAGAAGUUGAUCAUCAGCUUGGCGCCGAAGAAAACGUCAGGCCGGCGUCGCGCGGGCACUGGGUCCAGCUCAGUGGUGCAGAGUUCAGAAGCCUACUCCCACGACUCUCACGCGUCCUACGCUUCUGGGGCCUCCGGCGCCUAAGGUGCCGGGAUAGUCCGCUUUCGUGGCAGUUGAGAGAAAGAGAGCCCUUGAAAACUUCCC